GUUUCAGAGUCACUUGGAGUUCGAGAAACCCUUUGAGGAUACCACUUCUGUAAUUUUCGGGCCAACCGAGGGUAUUCUCGUGACUUCAGCCUCCCCUCUAUUUUAAAUAUCCCAAAUUCUCAAUCCUAUCCACUCCACUUUAUUUCCAAAACCAAAAAAAUAAAAAAUUUUAAAUAUAAAAAAGAGACCAAAUCAGUGGAAUCAACGAGUCUACGUCUAGACAACCCUCUCUCUUUCUCGCUCUGACAUUCUUCAAACCUUUCUCUCUCUAGAAACAGCAGUUACAGAGUCAUUCUAGAGAGAGAAAAUCACGACCUUGGUCACCACAGUAAUGGCGGACGAAAUUGCCCUUCGUUUUCUUCAAAACUCCUAAUCUCGCCCUUUCCACUCUUAGAUUCCAUCAACCGUCAAAGAUCCUCCUUGUCUCUCUCCCUCUCCUUGCCCCUGCCAUCGAACUUCAUCGGGCUUUCUCUGAUUUUCCCGGAAAGCUUCUGCUGGUCAGAGGGGCCCGUGUUUCUUGAGUUUUAUUUUAUUUUAUUUUAUUUGUGCUGGUACGGUGGAGAGGCAUGGAUUUGAUUGAAGGUGUGGGGGAGAGUUCGUCUCCUCCGCGGAGCUUCGGGUGCUUCGGUGUGUAUGAUGUGAGGAACGAUGUGUAUAAUCGGUUGAUGGAGAGUGGGAACGAGGAGGCAGUGAGUAAUCCCGAGUUUCGCGAACAGUUGGAUGCUCACUUCAAUCGCUUGCCUCCUAGUUAUGGACUAGAUGUCAAUAUUGAUAGAGUGGAUGAUGUUCUGUUACAUCAAAAACUGCUUGCUUUGGCGAAGGAACCAGAUAAACGACCUGUUUAUCAUGUUCGUUUCUUGGAGAAUUUAUCAACUAAAGUAGAUGGUAAUGAUGAUCAACAAUCUAUGAGUGUUCUUUCUACCGCAAGGCCAUGUUGUAAUGCAGAUAAUGAAGGAGUUGUGCCAUCACAUAACAGGAAUGAGAUUGAUUUUGAACCUUGCUCUAAGCUUGAGGACCUAAAUUUGGAUGUUAAGAAGGAUUCCACAGACAUGGAGAGAAGAUGUCUUAUGGAGAAUUCUUCUAGAAGCAGACAGGAAACUUCAAAUGUUCCAAUUCAUGAAGUAAUAUUUUCUACCAUUGACAAGCCCAAGCUUCUUAGUCAGCUUUCUGCUUUGCUUUCCGACAUAGGACUUAACAUCCGUGAAGCGCAUGUCUUCUCGACAAUUGAUGGCUACUCCUUGGAUGUCUUUGUAGUGGAUGGAUGGCCUGUUGAGGAUACAGAUGGUUUGAGUGAAGCUAUGGAAAAAGCAAUUGCUAGAAGUGAGGGUUCGUGGUCUGGUUCUUCACAUUCUCAUUCAGCAGUGGAAAAAGCAUUAGCAGCACAAGUCAAAUCUGGAGAUUGGGAAAUAGAUAGAAGAUUAUUGAAGAUAGGAGAAAGAAUUGCAUCUGGAUCUUGUGGAGAUUUGUAUCGUGGAGUUUAUCUUGGUCAGGAUGUUGCUGUUAAGAUUCUUAGGUCUGAGCAUUUGAAUGAAUCUCUGGAGGAUGAAUUUGAACAAGAAGUGGCAAUUCUGAGGGAGGUUCAACAUAGAAAUGUUGUUCGAUUUAUUGGUGCCUGUACAAGGUCUCCACAUUUGUGCAUAGUAACUGAGUAUAUGCCUGGAGGAAGCCUGUAUGAUUAUUUGCAUAAGAAUCACAAUGUCUUGAAGCUCCCUCAAUUGCUGAAGUUUGCAAUUGAUGUCUGUAAAGGAAUGGGGUAUUUGCAUCAAAACAACAUAAUUCACAGGGAUCUGAAGACAGCAAAUUUGCUAAUGGAUACUCAUAAUGUUGUUAAGGUGGCAGAUUUUGGUGUUGCUCGGUUCCAAAAUCAAGAGGGAGUGAUGACUGCAGAGACUGGAACUUACAGAUGGAUGGCACCUGAGGUUAUAAAUCACCUACCAUAUGAUCAAAAGGCAGAUGUAUUCAGUUUUGCCAUUGUACUGUGGGAGCUAACAACGGCUAAGAUUCCAUAUGAUAACAUGACUCCAUUACAAGCUGCCCUAGGAGUGAGACAGGGACUGCGACCAGAUCUUCCUGAGAAUACACAUCCCAAACUGGUGGACAUGAUGCAGAGAUGUUGGGAGGCAGUUCCUGGAAAUCGGCCUUCCUUCUCUGAGAUAACAGUUGAACUUGAAGAAUUGCUACAAGAAGUUCAGGGAACUUCAAGAGCAUCAAAUGGCAACUGAGCAUUUUGGAUUCAUAGUAUUUCAACCGGCACAUUUUGAUCAUAUCUGAGGAUUUAUUAUUAUUAUUUUUUUCUUUUAUUUUCUUUUCUUGUUUAUUGUUCUUCAUUAUAGUUAUAGAGGUUAAAGUUAUGACUCAGAAAAAGAGUAAUUCAUGUGGGCUCUCCAAUACAUAAGCAGUGCAAGGGCACAAUGAGUUGUAAUGCUCCAGUGAUACUAGUCUUGUUCCGGGGACAUGAACAAACAUCACCUUCGGUUUCCCUGUAAAAAAAUAUGAGUAAUGGGAUAUGAUGAUGCUUUCCCUCAUAGUAAUACACACAGAUAGCCUUAAGCCUCA